AUGCAGUUGAGGAGCAAGUGUUUCGCGGCGAUUGUGUUGGCCGUGGCUUUGACUGGGUUCGCUGAAGCCCAGCAGGACGAGCCGUUGUUCCCGCUAUCGAUCUUCCACAUCAACGACCUGUACGCACGUUUCAAUCAAGUGAAUCUGGAGGGCUUCACCUGCAUUGGACAAGAGACGUGUCAGGGUGGCUACCCACGUGUAGUGAGCGCCGUUCGACAGAUGCAAGCUCAAGCGGAGAAUUCGCUUUACUUGAACUCCGGUGGAAGCUUCAAGGGAACGCUCUGGUACACGGUUCACCGAUGGGAAGUCAUCGCUGCAAUGCUUAACGUGCUCCCGGCCGACGCAAUGACUUUGGGUCGAUUUGAUUUCUUCCAUGGUCUCGAGGGACUGAACCCAUUCAUGGCCGCUUCGGAGACCCCCAUCGUGCUGACGAAUGUGGACAACUCCGCAGAACCAUCGUUCACUAACUUCACUCGUUCGCUUGUCCUCGAAAGGGGUGGACGUCGUAUCGGAAUUCUGGGAGUGAUCCGCACCGAUGUGGCGUCUAUUGGUCGUCCAGGAAAUCUCACAUUCACGGAGCCCGUUGAUGCUAUCCGUGAGGAAUCGGCUCGGCUUGCUGAAGAUGGAGUGGACAUCGUGAUCGUGCUCUCGUACAGUGGAUUCAAUAGUGAGCGAGAAAUGGCUCGCGAUUGUGGUCCUCAUGUGGACCUGAUCAUUGGAGCUCAAUCCAACACGGUGCUGGUCAGUGGUCCUGAGGCCGAUAACUUCCCGCUGGAGGUUGAGGGCGAGUACCCAACGGUCGAGUUCCAACCGGAUGGACGACGUGUUUUAGUUGUGCAAGCAGGCUCUUACGGUCGUCUUGUAGGCAACCUGACUUUGUACUUCGAUGAAGAAGGCCAAGUGCAUCAUUAUGAAGGCAACCCAGUGUUCCUUGACACAUCGUUCCCCGAGGAUCCUGCCGUCAUGACUGCUCUUCUGCCCUUCCGACCAGAGGUAGAAGCUCUAGGAAAUCGUACGGUGGCUGAAUCGGAUAUAACCAUGUCCCGUAUGGAUUGUGUGACAGGUGAAUGCGUUCUCGGUUCCUUGAUCGCCGAUUCCAUGGUGAGGGCCUUCUUCCCGGUGUACAACGGCAUUGGUUUACAGAACCGCGGAGGUAUUCGAGGAGAUCUUCAAGCCGGAACAGUGACCUAUAAGCAGCUGUUCGAGGUGUUGCCGUUCGAGAAUCAACUCUUCUCACUGCUGCUGCGUGGUGAUUAUUUGAUGACCGUGCUAGAGGACAGCGUACGCAGUGCAUUCAUUAGCAACGGGACAGUACAGGCUUGGGAUCUUCUGCAGGUGUCCGGUCUUAGAGUCACUUACCGUAUCAGCAAUCCUCCCGGAAGGCGUCUUGUGUCACUUGAGGUGCUCUGCCAGCAAUGCACUGGUGCGGUGUAUGAGCCGAUCAAUCCGUUCCGGGAAUACAGAAUUGCGGUCUCGAGCUUCCUUGUCGAGGGAGGCGACCGGUUCACAGCCAUCGCCCAAGAAGGAAUGGACCUCCAGGAGGGACCGGUCGAUUUGGACGCCUUCGAAGAACACGUUGGACGACUUUCGCCAAUCGGUGAAUUCGACGGUGGCCGCAUUCGUUUCAUAUUCUAG